AUGUCCAGCGUCCCAGAAAAUUUUCCAACAUAUAAUAAAGCAAUGAGUUUCUUUAGAAAUGCAAUUAGUAAAUUAUAUAGCGCUGUAUCUGCACCAGUGGCAGCAACACGUGAUGCACUCGCAGAGAGACUGCAGAGUGUGCGUGAAACUGCUUCUUUAUUAUACCACAAGGCUAAGGAGAGGCUUGGUUACGGUCAAGCCUUGAAAGCCACCGUUGAAGACGCUGCUGUGGAAGAAGAACAAGUGGAAGAAGUGGAUCACAGUGCUGUUGAAACGGUAGGUGGAUUUGAUGGUAAUUAUCGACAUUUCCGAAGUGAAGGAACACCAGAAGGUCAAGUGGUGAGUAUUGAACAGUACCUGGAUCAACAGAAACAACAUGUGGAGAAAGUCAUCACAGACUUGCAAAACACUAGACAGAAUUGGAAGUUUCAACUGAAUCUCGUGGUGGAGUUUGUGCACAGGGAAAAUCCUUCUGACAAGUUCACAAAACCAAUAUGGAGUGAAGCUGUCACAAUCAUGGAAGGAAGCGACAUCGAAGAAUUGAUCGAAGAGAUGUAUAAAAGCCUGCUAAAACGCUUUGAAAUGACAUCGGAGAAACUCAAAAAAAGCGACUUCAUCUUCAACCGAAUCACGGAAAUGACGUAUCACUGCCACAUGAUUGACCUUAUGAGAGGUAGAUCAUGGUUCAAGACACCCGAAUGGCUGCAAAAAAAGCACUGCAUCAUCAAUCCCAAAAAUGAAGACGAGCAGUGCUUCAAAUGGGCUGUCAUUGCAGCCCUCCAUUUUGAUGGCAUUGGAGCACAUCCUGAGCGCAUCUCGAAGCUCGAACCGUUUGUUGAACAGUACAAUUGGAGUGGCAUCGAGUUCCCAACUCCCAACACACACUGGAAAAAGUUUGAAAGGCAAAACCCCAACGUGGCGCUGAAUGUCUACUUUUCUGAGGAAGAUUUUCAGGUCAGACAGGCAUAUGUUUCGAAACACAACACGACACGUAAAAAGGUGGCAGAUGUGCUAAUCAUUCAAGAAGGAGGGAAAAAGCACUACGUUGCCAUUAAAAGAUACUCUGCGCUCAUGCGCAGUUUAUCAUCUAGACAUCGAGGUGAUCAUUACUGUCGAAACUGCAUGCACGGAUUCCGCAGUCAAGAGACAAGAGACAAUCACAUGAAAGUGUGCAUGGACCAUGAUUUUUGCGAGAUUGUCAUGCCCGAAGAAGGAACAGUCCUCAAACACGAAGAUGGGCAAAAGUCGCUCAGAAUGCCAUUUGUCAUCUAUGCAGACACAGAAUGUAUCUUGGAACCUGUUCAAGGUUGUGAUGGAGACCCUGAAAAAUCACACACCAGAGACGUCAGCAAGCAUGUGGCUUCAGGAUAUGCCUUCAUAACCAAAUUUGCACAUGGAGAAGUUGAAGAAUCAUCCGACUGCUAUCGUGGAAAAGACUACAUGGAAAGGUUUUGUAAGGGACUGAGAGAUCAAGUCAAUAGAGCUAUCAGACAUCCACAGAAGAAGAUGAUCCCGUUGACACAUGAAGAGAAAGAAGCCCACAAGUCUGAAAAAAGAUGCUUCAUUUGCGAAGGAGUGUUCAAGAAUAACAACGAAGACAUGACAAUGCGCAAAGUUCGAGAUCACUGUCACUACACUGGUCAGUAUCGAGGAGCUGCACACAGUUCGUGCAACCUAAAAUAUCGCAUUCCCAACGAGAUUCCGGUGGUCAUGCACAAUCGCUCACGGUAUGACGAUCACAUCAUCAUCAAGCAGCUGGCCAGGGAAUUCAAAAGCCACGAGUUUGAAUGUCUGGGUGAAAACAGCGAAAAAUACAUCAGCUUCUCCAUCAAGCAAGCCGUCACAUUUCAAGAAAAGGACGGCGAACCGCUGAAGCAGAUGAAGAAGAACAAGAAAACCAACCAAAUGAAAGAAGUGGAAAUCAACACGACCUGCAAAAUCAAGUUCAUCGACAGCUGCAGGUUCAUGCAAAGCUCACUGUCAGGCCUUGUGGAUAAUUUAGCUGGAACCAACAGUGAAGGUGUCAGCUGCAACGACUGCAAAUCAAACAUGGAACUCAUCGAGAUUGACUCAGAGUACAAGGCGCAAUUCAAGUGCCAAACCUGUUACUGCUCUUACAAGACGGUGGAACUGAAUGAGCAUUCCAUGAAGAAGAAAUUUUCCAACACAUUCAAGCAUGCAAAGGGCAAUGACGAGCACUUUAGACUUUUGCUGCGUAAGGGUGUUUACCCCUACGAAUACAUGGAUGCGUGGGAGCGUUUUGAAGAGACAGCACUUCCUCCAAAAGCACAAUUUUACAGCAGCUUGAACCUUGAAAACAUCACCGAAAACGACUACAAGCAUGCUCAAAAGGUGUGGAAGGCUUUCAACAUCAAAAACCUUGAAGAGUACCACGAUCUCUACGUGAUGAGCGACACGCUUCUUUUAGCAGACGUUUUUGAAAAUUUUCGAGACACUUGUCAAAACAUCUACGAGCUUGAUCCAGCGUAUUUUUACACUGCUCCAGGCCUCGCAUGGCAAGCAGCUCUAAAAGUGACGGGUCAGGUGCUCGAGCUUCUCUCAGACAUUGACAUGCUACUGAUGGUUGAAAAGGGGCUCAGGGGUGGUAUUUGCCAAGCAAUCAAGCGCCAUGCUAAGAUAAACAAUCCGUACAUGGGGGAAUUGUUUGAUGUCAACCUGUUGAUCUCGUAUCUGCUGUACAUCGAUGCCAACAAUCUGUACGGAGGUGCCAUGUCACAAAAGCUGCCAACACACGGCUUUAAGUGGCGUGAAGACCUCGAAAAUUUUACUCAAGCUUUUAUAGAAAAUUAUAAAAAUGGAGAUGAUUGCUAUUUUCUUGAAGUGGAUGUCCACUACCCGAAAAAGCUGCACAAACUCCACAACGACCUUCCAUUCUUGCCUGAAAAGAUGCGUCUGAACAACGACUGUGAAAAGUUGACGUGCAAUGUGUUUGACAAGGAAAAAUACGUGCUGCAUAUUCGCAAAUUGCAGCAGGCACUGCAGCAUGGAUUGGUUCUCACCAAGGUGCACCGAGUCAUUGAGUUCAAGCAAAGUGCUUGGCUGAAACCCUACAUUGACAUGAACACAAAGCUGCGAAAGGAUGCCAAAAAUGACUUUGAGAAAGACCUUUUUAAGCUGAUGAAUAAUAGCGUCUUUGGCAAGACCAUGGAGAACGUUCGCAAGCACCGUGACAUCAAAUUGGUGACAACGGAGUGGAGGCGCAAGAAGCUUGCAUCAGCUCCAAACUAUCACAGCACAUCAAGAUUUGACAAGAAAUUUGUGGCAAUGGAAAUGAACAAAGUGAAGGUCGUCAUGAACAAACCUGUCUACCUCGGCCUCUCCAUCUUGGACUUGAGCAAACUCACGAUGUAUGAGUUUCACUACGACUACAUCAAGCCAAAGUUUGGUGCAGGCGCAGAGCUUUGCUACAUGGACACAGAUAGUUUCGUCUACCACAUCAAAACAGACGAUGUCUAUAAAGAUAUCGCAGGUGACGUUGAAUCAAGGUUUGACACAUCGAAUUACAGUCCCGAAGACAAACGUCCCUUGCCUAUUGGCAAAAACAAGAAAAAAUUGUGCCUCAUGAAGGAUGUACUUUGUGGCAAAAUCAUGAUCGAAUUGGUUGCAUUGAGGUCAAAAAUGUAUGCGUACAAGACACUUGAAGGAUACGUGGAAAAGAAGGCAAAAAGUACAAAAAAGUGUGUCGUCAAGAAACAGAUCACGUUCGCAGACUAUUUGAACAGCCUGCAGACCUGUCAAAAUUUGUAUCGCACGCAACUGAGAUUUACCAGUCGAAAACACGAGAUUUUCACCGAAAAGCUGAACAAAAUUGCGCUGAGUGUUGAUGAUGACAAGCAACUUCAAGCUCAAGGUGGGUUCACCUUUGCACAUGGAAGCAGUCCUGGAUUAGUUUGCAAGCAAGAAUUGCUCGCCAGGGUGUGGCAUCCCGACCAUGUUAAACCAUGGAUGUUUUGA